GGCCGAGCCUGCCUUUACCCCCACAAUCGAUGGCGAAGAGAAAGGGAGUGGCAGUGUAGCUGCCGUCGUCCCAAUUUUUCUUUUUCUGUCUUCAUCCAUCAUCAACUCCUUUCGCUCGCCCUACCCCUUGUCCCUCUAGGCCUCGCCGAAAGCGCGAUCGCCGCUCGCUCAGCCUCACCGGCCUAUCUUUACGCAGGCCCACCACGAUCAAAGACAUGAUCGAGCAGCAACCUCACUCCUGCUGAUCUCGAGGACAAGACGAUCAAGCGACGAUCAUCAACAAGACUUUUGUUUGAGUCUCGCCUCGCCUGGCAAGGCUAAUCAUUGAGCGGCGGCCGAGAUCGCGGCGACGCCCAUCUCAUUGCUUGCCGUCGGCCCGCAGCUACCUUUUGCCUUGAUUCGACCCCGUCAUCGCCGCCGUCCGUCUUUGCUAUGUCGAGACAGCGUGCGGCGUUGGACGGCAGAGGACGAGCUGAUGAGAUCAAUCGUCGCCCUCCUCGUCGAGCCUCUCCUAUUGCGUCAUCCCGCCCACCGCAGUCUCACUCACGCUCCUCACCACCGUCACCACCACCACCACCACGAAGACGAGACUCUCAACCUUCUCCUCCUCCGCCGCCGCGGCCGGCGAUACCCGCUUCUGCGUCCACCUCGACGGCCACGCAGCAAGCAGCAAGCACACCGCAGACGAAUCGCAUACAGGACCGCUCUUUCCCAUCUACGUACCUCACCGAGCCAGACGACUACUCGCCCGAGGAAGACUAUCAGCGCUUGCUCCAACGACAGUUCCUCCAACGUCUUCGCACAAUCGAAAGACCCAAUUCAAUCUCGCUCUUGUCCAAGCUCAAGACGCCAAACGUCUUCGGCUCGAAUCGCAACGCCGUAUCAUCACCACCGCAGACGUCGUACAGCGGCGACCAGUCUGCACCGCCCUUUAAUACCACGUUACCCCAGCAGACGUCGUCGCCCACGGCGUCUGCAAUGCCCGCUUCCUAUACCAACUCAAUCAUGACGUCUGCCUCCGUCGUCGAGAGCGAAGGCAACAAGCGACGAGGUCUCCCUCGAGAGCACGGCGAGGUCUCUCAAGAGGUCGAAAUCUGGUCGCCCGACCACCGUACAAUCGGAAGUAGCUCCAGAAACCUAUUCGGUCCCAAAGUCUCACGCAAGCUCACCAGACAUAGCUCCACUACGAGCCAUCGACUGCCCACCGCCAACUCAUCACCCACCGCAGCGGCGCAUGAGCCAGGUCGAUUCAAGCAAUUCUCCCCCGCCAGACUGCGAGAGAAGCCGAGCAAGCUCAAGUUCGGCUCUUCAUCCGGCGGAUCAACGAGCUCCUACAGCGUGCUGCCGGCUACCCUCGCUGGCUCAUGGAAGAAGGGCAAGUUGACGCUGCGAGACAAUGAUGUCCUCUACAUACUCGAAGAUGGCGCUCUUCUCCAUCCUCUGCGAACCUCUGCACUCAAGCCAACAGACGUCCGCCCAGUCGACGAGUCCCUCCUUGGCCGCCACAACGUACUUGGCAUCUUUGCUCUCCCUUCCAACUUUGCCGGCGGCCGUGGCUCCGAGUGGGAUGCUGCGUCGCCUUUGAGCCCAUCAGCCGACUCUUCGAGCCUCGAUACCACGUCGCCGCUGGUCACGCCCAUUCUGCUCUGCUUCCCCUCAUCGAUCAAGAUGCGCCAUUGGCAGGCACUCCUCCGUUGCUGCGGCACAUCGGACAUCUACGGCAGCUCGAGCUCGAUCCCCAAGGGAGGGACGCAUAGGUGGCAUCGUCAAAUCGAUGUGCACAUCUCUGCUUUUCGCCUUCUCCACCCAGCUGUUUCCGCUGCAUCACCUUCGCCAACAAGACCCCAGGAAAUCUCAUUGCCUCUGGUUGCUACGAGUGAGGCGCCUCCGUCGCCCACCAACGCCCUGUCCCGCAUCAAAUCCACCAUCAGUGACGCUAGCGCCAGACAAGACGGCGACGACUCGGGAGAGAUACGCCCAAAGCCACGCCCAGCCGUUCUGGAGCGUAGUACGAGCGCAAUGAGCCAAGCCUCGAUUACCAGCACAGCCAGCGGGGACCUCAGCGCGACGUCUUACGAUGACAGCUACGCCACCGGCACCGGCUCCACUGCUGGGCCCAUCUCCGGCGGCGGGGCUCCAGCCACAGUCUCAAGCUAUGGCAGUCAAACGCAGCUUACUGGCUCUGCCAAGCUCGAGCAAGCAAGGAAGGAGCGAGACCGAGAGUCCUCCUCAGCGCCCUCAGCCCCGUCAGCGCCGAGCAUCAACUUCACUUCUCUCUGCUGCACCCUUCUCUGCGACGAUGUGAUUCUCGGUCGUACCGAAGCACGAAGCCCGCACACUGCAUCGGGCAGUGUCUCGUGGGACGAUCCGACCAUUACACUUUACAAUCCUCCUGCGCCAAAGUCGCUGCGCAUCGACCUUCUAGCAGGCUUGAGCGGGGCUAGAGGACAUCAGCACAAAGUAAUGACGCUGGGUAGUGUGGAGCUGCCAAUCGAUACCAUGAGGCGAGGAGAGGACAUUGAGGGCUGGUUUCCCGUAUGGAAUAGUGCGAGCCGUGAUAUUGGAUACCCACUGUCGAGCUUGGGGGACGAGUGUGUUGGCGAACUCAACUGCAAGAUCAAGGUCGAGGAGCUGGCGGUGUUGCAAAGGAGGAAGUACAAGGAUAUCGAACGGAUUCUCAACCAGCAGGACCUCGCUCAACUCAUCACUGGCCUCGCCUAUCAUCUCAAUGAGAGCACCCUGAUGGACCACCUGGUAGAAAUCUUCACCAGCUCGGGAACGAUCGCGGAUCGCCUGAUCAACCUCAUCGAUGCUGAGCAGCCGACUUGGGGCAAAGCGCCACUUGAGCUCCUCUUCCGCAGCCACUCCCUCGUUACCCGUUGCCUAGAGAAGUUCCAGCGCAUCCACUGCCAGCAUUGGCUCGAUGCUAGCAUCGGCGACUUGGUGCGUCGCAUCUGCGAGGAGCGCAUCUCAGUCGACUCUGACGCUGUGCAGGCUAGCAAUGAGGGCGUGCCGACCCUCGCCAUGAACAGCAAGGACGCAGAUACGCUCCACUCUUGGGUAGUGGCCAUCUGGGAGAGCAUCUACGUCAAUCGCUCCAAGUGCCCCACAGAUCUGCAGCGCGUCCUCACGAAAGUCCGGCAAGCAACCAACGCCGCCUUCCCUUCACAGGGUCCCUCCGCCGGGGUUCAAGGAGUAGGAUGCUUCGUCUUUCUUCGACUCAUGUGCGCCGCCAUGAUUAACCCGCAGCUCUACGGCCUCACUGCGACGAUGCCCGAGCCCGAAGUGGGCAAGACACUCAAAUCUAUUGCGAAAGUGCUCAAUGCCCUGGCGAACAAGCGUGGCUCCACAGCGCACUACGAUCAGGAUCUGGGACAACUCAACGACUUUCUGCACGAGCAGAGCAAUGCAUUUGACGACUACAUCGUUUCUGUGUCGUCGCACAUCGAAACGGCGCCAUCGACAGAAGCAGACCGCUCCUUGGGCCACACAGCCUCUUCGUCCUCUACACAGGCCAACAAGCCCAAGCCCGGACGCGGAGAUGUGAAUGAGAUUUUGCUGCAGCGCACGGUAGACAAGAAAUCGUCGCACUUGCCACUGCUGCAUCGUGAAUCUAUCCUCACGGGUCCGUACAUGCUCGAUUUGCCUGCCGCCCUGGCGGCGUUUGUCAGCUACGUGGCAAGGAGUACCGAUGCUUGCAUUCUGGACGGGGUCGAGCACAGGCAAGGGGUCGAGGAGCGUACCGUGGGGUCCACUGUGCAGUCCCUUGUCGAAGCGUGCUACGAGCUAGAAGGCCUUGUGGGAUACUACAUCGAUCGGGCCGGUUUCGAUCCUCAGCCGCUGAGCCUUGUGGAGUGGGCCCAGGUUACUACGCAUUCUACCAGUACGCCUUACUCAGUCGUCGCAACGGGGAGAGACCUGGUGAGCAGGCCUUCCGUAGCGGUGCUCAGUGGAACACAGGCCGAGACGACCUCGAGAGGUCCAACGGGCGGGAGCGCGUCUGCGGAUCAGCAGCAACAGAAGAAGCUCACCAGCAGCAGGCGCCGAGCUACCGUGUCGGCGGCACCUAACCGUGUGGUCCCUCCACCUCCCCUCGUUGGCUUGGCAGGGCAAGGCGAGUCCGAAGCACAGCGCCAGCAAUUGAUUAAUACGCUUUCUCGACAGCAUCAGCUGCACCGACCGAGUCCAAACGGUCGCGGGACGCGGCCUGGUACGUCUAGUGGGCAGUCCCUCCGACGUCGAUCGAUGGACACGGCUCUGUCUACCUCAGCCAGCCUGCCGCAGGCCAUCGCCAUCAGCGAGCAGCAUAGGAGUUUUGGUGGUGGUGGUGGUGGUGGUGGGGCAGGAGGGUCAGGAGGAGAAGGGAAGAAGCCCCGGUGGUGGAAGAGGAUCGUGUAGCGAACGGCGUUGUCCGCGCUAUGGAGGGGUGAAUCAUACCCGGCCUCGAUGGCCGCUGAUGCAGACGCACAUUACCACCCGUGGUAGCAGCAGCUAGUCUCGGCCGUAUCUCGCAUCGAUCUUCUCUUCUACUUUUGCCCAUCUCUAAUCGCAAGGAAGUGAUAGUUCUCAUCGUGAG